UCCAACAUGUCACUGGGUACCACUCCUCAUAUUUUCAAGCACGGGGAUAGCUGCAUCAUGUUAUGGGUAUGCUUGUCUAGAGUUUAUUUUUUGAUCAAAAGAAAAGGAGUAUAGCUAAGCACAGGCUAAGUCCUAGAGGAAAACCAGGUUCAGUUUGCUUUCCAACAGACACUGGGAGACAAAUCCACCUUUAAGCAGGACAGUAACCUAAAACACAACAGUGGUUAGCUAGCUUGGAGGAAGUAUUUAGUGUUGUGGGCAUUGCGUCUGUCACUUCGGUAGCUACCAUCACAUAGCCUUCACUGCAUAUGAAGUGUGACUGGCUCACCGUGGAUGUACAGAGAAAAUGCCCUUCUUUAUGCUCCCCUUCGUGGAGGUUUGUGCUCUCUGAUUGGCUCAAAGUCAAGUUGUUGGCUACUGACAACCAUUGCUGUAGGUUCGUUGCUACCGGUUCGGCGCGCAGCAGGUACCGCGUUUGUUCUAGCGAGACAAGAAACGGCCUCCUACUGUAAUAAGUACAUAUUGGCAGUCUAUCAGCAGCGAGAUUAUCGUGUUUCAUGCUUUAGUGUUAGUAUAUAGUUAGCUUAAAUGUUACUGAUAGUCUAAAGAGCAUCUACAGAUGGACUAUCCAAAUAAACUGUUAGUCAUUUCAUUUAUUUUUAUUUAACCCUAUUUUACCAUGUAAAUUGACUGAGAAAACAUCCUAAUUUACAGUAAUGACAUGGGUAAUAGUUACAGGGGAGAGGAUGGGGGAUGAAUGAGCCAAUUGGAAGCUGGGGAUGAUUCAUCCUUAAAACUCUGGACAAUUUUAGUCUAGUUUUAGUCAGUUAGUCAGUGCGUUUUGUCUAUUAAAUAACGAAUAUUUAGGCUACCUCUAAUUUCCACCACGUGCCUUGUCCAACUAGGCCUCGUAUACCUUAGCUGGCAACAUUUGAUAUUGUGGCAGAUUAUAACCAAUGCCAGCCGUAAUUAACCAUAUAGUCUAUAAAGGCUUGGCUACAGGUUAAACAAUUUACAGCUCUAAUUUUCUUUCCAUCAUAACUGUCAAGGGGUUAAAUUCCAGUGGUUUAAUUGAAAGGGGGAUUUGAGCUUUACAAAAAUGCCAGAAGCAUUACUGUACUUUUAAUAGUCAACAAAUAGCAUUCAUUUUUCCCAUAUGAAAAAAUGAACCACAUGUCGCAUUUCCUGACUGCGGCAUGAGAGCGGCAACACAGAUGAAUGAAUAACAGCGCACAUGGGGAAAUAGAGCUUCUGAUGUGAUCAAAGAGUGACUGAAGUGACUGCCUGGUGGCUGUGUGGCAGAGCCGGGCAGAUCAGCUCAAUCAGACCGCGCAAAUGAAAUGUGUAAAUUCUGCCAAUGAGAGGAUUGCAUGAAAUAUUUUGCUUGCAUGUUUCUGAUUGUACAAAAUGUAUGAAAAAAUGCUUCAUGACAAAUUAAAUGUACAUUAUGCUGUUGUGGAAUUCUCGUUUCGUCACAUUUUUGUUGACUAAAAUGAAAAGGUAAUGUGUUUUUUUCACAGGGCGCCACGUUAUCAUAGUUUUAAUCAGGAAAAAUAGGUACUUGACGAGUAUUUUUCGUCAUAGUUAUUGUUGACGAAUUGAACAGUGUUUGACUGGACCUAGAUCAGAAGGGGAGGGAGCAGGAUAAGGAGUCAGACAAACUGGCUCUACUCAGUGAGGUGGACAGACACCGCAGGCAGAUGCUCAGGUAAAAUAGCAUGGUAGGAGUGUGGAUUAGCACGGUAGGAGUGUGGAUUAGCACGGUAGGAGUGUGGAUUAGCAUGGUAGGAGUGUGGAUUACUGCUGUUGCUUCAGUACUGAAUCCAGUCUGUACUGCAUAAACUGUACACAAGCAUCCUAAUGAAACGGUGUGUUUUCUAUCCCUACAUUAACCAGACAGUAUGGAAGAAAGCUAACCUGGCCAGUAAACUGUCGCUGGACAACCUGGAGAAGGAAUCUCUUCUCUAUGGAGGAGAUAGUGAAUUUAGACAACGAAAGGUGACCAAAGAGGGCCUGGCCCAGACAUCCAGUGACAUCACAGAGAGCCUGAUGAGCAUCAGCCAGAUGAUGUCACAGCAGGUGAUGCAGAGCGAGGAAUCCAUAACCAUGCUGGCAACCUCGUCUCAGGCAGUCCUGGAGAUGAAUGAUGAGUUUAAGGCCAUGACCGGAACCAUCCAGCUGGGGAGAAAGCUCAUCACUAUGUACAACCUCAGGGAGCUCACUGACAAACUGCUAAUCUUCCUCGCUCUCGUACUCUUUCUCACCGCGAUCUUCUACAUCCUCAAGAAGAGAUUAUUUUUCCUCCAGACCAGACACAACUAACUUUAACUAAGUUACUUUUAGAGCAACUUUGAUUCGAGUAACUAUGAUCAUAUAAGAUAAUUUAUGACAUAAGUGAGUCGUGUGAGAUAAGUAUUGUAACAUUAACAUACUGCUGAUUAAUGUAAAUCUAAAUCAACAUUUUAAAGACUUGUGCACACACACAGUAGAAAUGGCUUUGGGGAUAAGCCUAUUUUAAACAUUAUUUGUUCAUCAUGGAAGGAAUAUCAGCUGUUUGCAACACUUAGAGGAAAGUUUGAUGGUUAAUGUAACCAAUUGUUAUGAUUAUCAUGUUACUGUAUUAUUCCAUCGCAGGAAGUUAAAGCUGUUGCCCAGUUAUUUAUAUCCUGCUCUGAAAGAGAAAUAAAUGUACUGUAGUAGUUGCCUUAUUUAAUGUAGAUUACAUUUUCGCCUGACCAUUAUUUAAAGUAUAGGGAUUCAUGUCAAUGUGUAACACAUUCUCUGUAAUGUAAUCAGUUUUUGAACAAAACGUUGACUUUAUUAAAUAGUGUAAAAAUAAACAAAAAUGAAUCUCCAAGCAGCAGCGUGGACAUGUAGGAUGUGCAUAUCAACCACACAAGUUUCAGUGACUCUGGUCUAGCAUCUGGUCGUCAGUAUUUCCUUACGGAGCUAGCUGGCUUGGCUCAGCAGUGGUGAGGCCUGCUCUCAGUAGCUGGCAGCAGGGUGAACAGUACUGGGUACAGUGCUGACCAACCAGGGCAGAAAAGCUAGCAGCAGGGUGAACUGUACUGGGUACAGUGCUGACCAACCAGGGCAGAAAAGCUAGCAGCAGGGUGAACAGUACUGGGUACAGUGCUGACCAACCAGGGCAGAAAAGCUAGCAGCAGGGGGAACUGUACUGG